GCCUAAGCCCUGCCCCUCCGUGGCGCCUUCUAAACGCGUUCUUCCGCCCGCCCCUUCCUUUCUCCUUUCCUCCGCCAUCGUGGUGGGUGUCCCUGAUUCUCCCUCGCCAUGUCUUCUCACAAGACCUUCAGAAUAAAGAGGUUCCUGGCCAAAAAGCAAAAGCAAAACCGCCCCAUUCCGCAAUGGAUUCGGAUGAAAACUGGUAAUAAAAUCAGGUAUAACUCCAAGAGGAGACAUUGGAGAAGAACCAAGCUGGGUCUAUAAGGAAUUGCACUUGAAUGGCGCGCACAUUUCUUCUGUCUCAAUGUCACUAUCACCACAUCAAGCUGAAGAUGUCACCAUCUGGACAGCUGGACAUGUUUGAUUAGGGCUGUGACCAGUGGGCUGGUUCAGUAAUAAAUAUGUGAGACCUUUUGAA